UCUGCCUCCUGUGCGCUGACCAUCCCCGACUAAACAAAAAAAUUGUGCCCAUUUUGGGGAGAGCAUACAGGAUGAAGCCUGGGGGUGGCACCCACAAACAGACUCUACCACCUCAUGGACCCUAAACAGAUUAAGCGGACCCAGAGGAAAGAGCAACAGUGGAUCACGUUUUCCGGAGUUACAAACGGACGAGAGGGUGGAGUCUUCUGUUCCAAUAUCUCUGGGAAUGACUCCGGUCACCCGCUCCUUCUUUACUGCCGGCAAACAAACCGCCCAACGCGGCGUGAUGGGCUGGGGCAGGGUGAUUGCUCCACGUCCGGGACCAGCCUGGACUACACGGCUGGGCAAUGUCUCAAUAAGUAAGGAAGUAAAUAAGUAAUAAAUUGGGGGGAAUGCAGGUCGGGUACGUAUUAAUGCCACAGGAGGACACAGAGCAGACGUGAGGCUGGAGCAGGCUGCGCAUCAUUGUGACGGUGGCGGGCGCGGGACCCAAGAGAAGACAGAAAGGAUUCGGCUCAGUGACUGACAAGAAGUGAGGGGUAGACAGGGAGUCCUUCCGUCGACCCCUACCCUGCUAUUUCGCCAAGCAGAAGGCAAAGAGCCCGUACCGCAAAGAACGUUCCCGGUGGUUUACCAAGGCUCGCUCCACCAGUGCGCAUGCGCUCGCUCUGGCCUCGGCGAGCCUCCCAAGGCGUUCCACGCAUGCGCGACCAGGGGGUUCAUGGAGCUAUCUGGACAGACUGUCCCUUUCCCAGCCCUCCUAGCAGUGGACGGAAGGUGAGAGCUUCACCAGCAGCAACAGAGAAGCAGGAGUGGUCCAUGGAGCUGCCAGAGGACCCAGCUAGUGCCUCUGCUGCACACAUGUACCUCUGGGAGCAGCCUGAGGAACUGAAUCCAGGACCACUGCUCAGCCUAGAGGAACAGAUUCUUAACUCUACAUUUGAAGCCUGUGACCCUCACAAGACAGGCACUGUGGCUGUAGCCCACCUCCUGGCCUACCUGGAGGCCGUGACAGGACAGGGCCCCCAGGACGUGCGCCUCCAAACACUGGCCCGAAGCUUGGACCCUUCCGGGGAGGGCGCUGGAGCCACCGUGGAGCUGGGCACCUUUCUGGUGGUCAUGCGGGACUGGAUUGCCGCCUGUCAGUUGCAUGGGGGAUUAGAGCAGGCAGAGGAGACCGCCUUCGGGGGAGCCCUGGCUUCUCCACACCUGCCAUCUGCAUGCCCAGAAGCUGAGGAGCCAGCCAACUUAGAGAGCUUUGGAGGAGAAGACCCCAGGCCUGAGGGGCCCGCCACAGCAGAGCUGCUGAGCAGCCUAGAGGACCUGGAGCUCAGCAACCGGCGCCUGGCUGGCGAGAACGCCAAGCUGCAGCACAGCGUGGAGACUGCUGAGGAGGGUUCGGCACGCCUAGGGGCCGAGAUCGCAGCCCUGCGCAAGCAGCUGCGGAGCACCCAGCAGGCCCUGCAGGCGGCCAAGGCUUUGGAUGAGGAGCUAGAGGACCUGAAGACUCUGGCCAAGAGCCUGGAAGAGCAGAAUCGCAGCCUAAUGGCCCAGGCACGGCACACAGAGAAGGAGCAGCAGCACCUGGUGGCUGAGGUGGAGACGUUACAGGAGGAGAACGGGAAGCUGCUAGCAGAGCGAGAUGGCGUGAAGAGGCGGAGUGAGGAGCUGGCCACAGAGAAAGAUGCUUUGAAGCGGCAGCUCUGUGAGUGCGAACAACUCAUUUGCCAGCGUGAAGCAGUCCUCUCAGAGCGUACUCGCCAUGCAGAGAGUCUGGCCCAGACUCUGGAGGAGUACAGAACCACCACCCAGGAACUAAGGCAAGAAAUCUCGCACCUGGAGGAGCAGUUGAGUCUGAGCCAGGAGGGUGCAGAGCAAUUCCUGGAAGGGGCUGAGGCAGGACGAGGAGGCUGGAUCAUGGCGCCGCCCCCAUCACUGGACUUGGAGAUUCAGGCUAUCCGGCAGGAGCAGGAUGUGUCAGGUGCUGGCCUCUCCAGUCCUCUGUGUGGAGUGUGGCGGUGGGAGGGGGCCGAGUUUCCCGCUGAGGACCCCGAGAGGAGACAGAGAAACUUCCAGAGAGAGUCAGUGCCUGCCCUAGAAGGAACCCAAACGCCAUCCUUAAGGUUGUCCAGAAGCCAGGAAGAAGAGGAGGAAGAGGAGAGCUUGGUCCUGGUUGACCCUUCCAUCCCUCCGGGAACCCCUCACCAUGAGCUUGCCCCAGGAAGCUCUCCUGAGAGUUGUCACGAUGUGCCCGAGGUUCAAGGAGCCCCCAUGCCUGUGGUGGGAGAGCUGGUGCCAGUGGAGAGGGCCUGGGCCCAGCACUGCCUGCGCCCCCAGCACUCCCCGGGGCUCAGAGUCAGCCAGCACCCACUGGUCCCCACGCCCAUCUUGGGCCUGCUGCUGCUGCUGCUGCUGUCCGUCCUGCUGCUGAGCCAGUCCCCGACGCCCUCCUUACCACAGCUGCAGCUCUACUACCUACAGCCCCCGCCGGUGUGAGCACCCUUCCCGGCAGACACCGCCCCAUGCCACCACUGUGCCUCCUCUGCCACUGACUCAGAGCACUGGGCCCACAUCCUCCAGCUGUUUCCAUUGACCAUGACCUCUCCUGGCUUUCUCCUGCUUUCUUAACAAUAGCAAAUCAUGCAGUAAUGA